CGGUCCUUUAACCGGACUGGAUCUAGCCGCUACCAGGUAAUAGUACCGGUGAACUCACAGAAGUCACAUGACUGCAUUGACAUCAUCGGUCCUUUAGCCGGACUGGAUCUAGCCGCUACCAGGUGUCACAUUUAUAGCAUCUGACUCAGUCAAUGACAAAGAACACGAUGAACACAUACAGAAAGCAGAUAGCAGAACAGUUCCUGAGUCAGGCGCUGGGCAUAAUCUGCAUGCUGACCGGAGAGGAAUACACCAUUGUGAAGAAGAGGCCCUCCCACAGCAGCAAUCACCGGCUGAGCGGAGAGGUGCCUAUAAAGUGCGAUGAUGUUGCCGUGUAUUUCUCUAUGGAGGAGUGGGAUUAUAUAGAGGGACACAAGGAGCUUUACAAGGACGUCAUGAUGGAGACUCGCCAAGGACUAAGGACUAUGGAGAUCCCAGGAAACGAGAGCUCAGAAUUAACAGGUCACAGAGAUGAAAAUCUAGACACAGGAUCAUGUAGAGAACUUGUACAGAAUAUUCAGCCUGUGGAGACCCCAUCAGACGUCUCUGCAGGUCUCAGUGAUGAACAUCUAGACACAGGAUCACAUGGAGAACAGAAUAUUCAGCCAUCAGAUGUAUUUGUAGGUGAAUUCACAAACUGCAAUAAUCUUAGUCAUGAUCAGAGUGCAGAUGCUUCUUUACAUCUUCUUCAAAAUCAAAGAAGCCACGUGGGAAAUGUGAUUUCUGAAGAAAACAUUUCCCACAAGGUUUAUAAAGAUGUGAUUUCUGAAGAAAAUAUUUCCCACAUUCAGAACAUACAUCUUUAUAAACCUCUGAAAAUUCAUACAGGAGAAAAGCCAUUUGCCUGUUCUACAUGUGAAAAUUCAUACAGGAGAAAAACCAUUUUCCUGUUCUAUAUGUGGGAAAUGUUUUAA